AUGCUGUUUCACAUCUGGUAUAGUUUAACAGCUGUCUCAAGCCCAUCGGCACUAAAAUGCUGCACUCAAGCAGUCUAUGCAUUGCCCUAUAUUCCCUACCCAUCCUCAAUAUCUCUCCCUUUUUCUCUUUAUUAUAUUUCUCUUUGUUCUCUUUCUUUUCUCACUUGCUUCUUGUUAUUUAUACCCUUUCCCCUUCUGUUGGUAUCACUUUUGGCUUUGUAUUUGCUUCUCUCUCUUUUAUUCUCAUCUGAUAUUUCUCUCUUUUUAAUAACCAUCUUUUCAUUUUCCUCUUCCUUUCUUGCAUUAUUCUCUCUUCUUUUUUUAUUUCUCUGUUUUUAUUUUUUUUCAUUACCUUACAUAUAUAUCUUUCUUCCUCCUUCUUCCCCUCUCUUUGAAUUAAUUCUAUAUUUCUAUAUUUUUCACACUCACUCUCAUUCAAUGUCUCAUUUUCUCUCUACUCACUCCUGCAGCAUCCGGCUCACUCCUGCAGUAUCCAGCACCCUGCAGCAUCCGGCUCACUCCUGCAGCAUCCGGCUCACUCCUGCAGCAUCCGGCUCACCCUGCAGUAUCCAGCACUCCUGCAGCAUCCGGCUCACUCCUGCAUUAUCCAGCACUCCUGCAGCAUCCAGCACUCCUGCAGUAUCCAGCAGCAUCCGGCUCACUCCUGCAGUAUCCAGCACUCCUGCAGCUUCCAGCACCUCCACCGUUUCCGACCAUCUUCAUUUCCUUUUCCUUUUAGAAUAA